AGAAAGCACUUUUGACAGCUCGUCAUACUGCAUAUGUAUGAAUCUUGGUCGCACGUGUCAAAGUGAUUGUUUGUGUUGCUCGCAGUGCUGUUGUUUACAUUGUGAUUUUUUCCCGAUUUCUCCCAAUAAAUCAGGGAAAUAUCUAUUUCUUUAAAGUAUUUGUAACAUUUCCGAACAAAAUGUCUGAAAGUGAAGAGCCGCAAGUGAAGGUGGAGUUUAAAAAGAAGGGGAAGAAACAGCUUCGACAAAGGAAACCUUCCAACAGUGAGGACGAUGAGCAGGAGCAAGAAACAGAAGCUGAUAUAUUAGCAAAGCUAGAGGAAACCAAGGAGCGACAAAAGCUGCGCAAUAGACGGAACGGUGUUAACAUCCUAAGCCUGGCUGCGGGUAAAAAAAUAACCAUUGAGGAGGAGAUUACAGUUAAAGAUCCAUUUAAUAUAAAAACUGGCGGGAUGGUCAACAUGCAGGCACUGAAGGCGGGAAAAUUGAAGGCCGCAGUAGAAGACCCGUACGACACGGGCAUAGGGACACAAUUCUCCGCCGAAACAAAUAAAAGGGACGAAGACGAAGAAAUGAUGAAAUACAUUGAGGAGGAGCUGGGCAAACGGAAAGGCAUCGCGCAGGAGCAGGACAACCAGGCGGAGGGCGAAUCGUCCGGCAAGUACCUCAGCCCGGAGGAGGCGGCACUACUCUCGCUCCCCGCCCACCUUAGCCAAACGUCCUCCCAGCGCUCGGAAGAGAUGCUGUCCAACCAGAUGCUGAGCGGCAUCCCGGAGAUCGAUCUGGGCAUUGAGGCGAAAAUUAAAAACAUCGAAGCGACCGAAGACGCCAAGCUCAAGUACAUGCAGGAGCAGCAGCGCAAGAAGGAUCUCCCGUCGCACUUUGUGCCCUCGAACAUGGCGGUCAACUUUAUGCAGCACAAUCGCUAUCGGAUCGAUAAUCCUGCGCCGGCCAAGCGCCGCUAUCAGGAGGAUCAUCGCGACCAGCGGCACGAUGACCGUGUGCCGAAGAAAGCGACCGAUGAUUAUCAUUUCGACAAGUUCAAGAAGCAAUACCGGCGCCACUGAGAGCGGCCCUGGAGGUUGGGGCACAUACUUUUAAUUUUAAACAAUGAAUAUGGUAAGCCAACGCGUAACGAGUAAGGAUACUGAUUGAA